AUGCAAAGUGAUGUCAUGGUAUCCUUUGAUGUCACGUCUUUGCUUACUUCUAUUCCGCAGGAUCUGGACCUCGGGACCAUCGAAUUACUCCUACAGGACUUUUACGAUGAGACAAAGAAACGCCUCAAACACACCCGAAUCCUCCAACUCUUGAAGUUCUGUGUCAAGAUGCACUCCAUGUUCGACAGACCAGUCAACGAGGAGGCGAAAAUCUCGCCAGUGGAUCCGGCGAUUCCGGGACUCUUGUCUGUGGCAGUCCUAAAGCAGUCUGAGUUGAUGGUCUUCUGA